AUGCCGCAGCACACACUUCUAGAAGCAGAGGCUCUAGAGACCUCCCAAUGCAGGAACCUGAUAAACUUUUUUGUUCACUUUAUCCAGAAAGCUUUGGGCACCUGUAAAGCACAAAGACCUGAAACGGGCAUCAGCGGGGCAGCUGCCGCCACGCGCUUUCUAGAACCCGGGCGCCUGGGCCGGGCCCGCCUUUGUGACGUGGCCGUGGGCUGCAGCCUGAGCCCAGCCUUCCCGGGUGCGGCCCAAAGCCAGUGGCCCCGCGGAUGCGGGUGCCAGGCCAUGGCCGAGGAGCCUGGGACCAGUGGCGGGUCCCAAAGGCCCGAAAGCCCCACUCCGCCGCCGCGGGAGAAGAGCGCCCCGGGCCCGGCCCGGCGCAAGGGGCCCCCGCGCUCGGUGCUCAAAGUGUCGCAGCUGCUGCUGCGGGCCAUCGCGGCGCACAAGGGCCUGACGCUGGCCGCGCUGAAGAAGGAGCUGGGCCACGCGGGCUACCAGGUGCGCAGGCGCAGCGGCAGCCCCGCCGGCGACUCGCGGCCCGACCCGCAGGGGGCGCUGCUGCGGGUGAGCGGCGGCGGCGCGGCCGGCUGCUUCCGGGUCUGCAAGGCCCCGAAGCCGCAGAGGAAGCGGCGCGGCGCGGCCCCGGCGGAGGAGGCGGCGGCGCCGCGGGCGGCCCGGAGGCCCCCGAAGGCGGCCCCGAAGGCGGCCCCGAAGGCGGCGGCGCCGCAGCGCAGGGCGGCCCGGAAGGCGCGGGAGGCGUGGGGAACGCUGCGGGGCCCCGCCAGGGCCGCCCGGCCGCCGAGCCAGGGCCCGAGGACGCAGCCCCCGCCCGAGGCCGGCCGCGCGCGCACCCGGGGCGGCGGCAAAGCGCGGGAGGAGAAGAGGCCGGAGGAGCCGCCGCGCGAGGAGCCUAGCCCGGGCCCGGCCAGGAUGCACGACCCCAGGGCCACCCGCUCCAAGUCGGCCACGCGAGCCGAGGGCGCCAGGAAGGAGAGCAAGAGCCCCUAGCGGCGGGCGGCCGCCCUGCACUCCCCCUGCACGGCCGCCCUCACUCCCCCUGCACGGCCGCCCUCCGCCCCCCUGCACGGCCGCCGCCCGCCCCCUGCACG